UUUUUCCGUUCUCCAAAUCCAUAUAUUUCCCCUCUUCUUCAAAUAAGUCUGCACCUAUAUAAAUUAACUGCAUCCAAUAUACGUGUCUCUCUAUCUCCGUCCCUGUUCUGAUCUCUUCAGAAUCCGAUUAUCAUCAUCAUCUCUAGAAUCCAAUUCCCAGUAUUCCCAAUCGAGAAUCCGAGGAAUUUUUGAUUAAUAAACGAAGGCGGGGGGAGGCGAGAAGAAAUGAGGUUACCAAUGGUUGAUUGCCGGAGUUUGAUCGAGUUUUGCCGGGCGUUCGAGCCGCGGAGGAACCGGAACCGAUUCAAUGCGAAUUCGCAGAGCAAGAACAGGCUGUCGCGGAACAAGAAUCACUGCUACUUCAAUCUCCUAGCUCAUCCGUUUUGCAGCGAUCACUCGCCCAUGGCUGCUGUGGAUGCGGUUAUACUGAUCCUGGUUUUGGGAUCUCUAGGGUUCCUGAUUAUCCCCUAUUUCAAAUCGGUGACGUGCCUGGUUUUCCCCGUGCUGUUCGACGCCGUGGUGGAGGUCAUCAGCGACGCCCCCGUCGCGUAUUUCGUCGGCCUCCUGGCGACGCUCCUGGGAGUCGUGGUGGUGAUCGUGGCCUGGGAGAUCAUCGAUCUGCGGUCCCGGCGCUGCGGGAACCCCAAUUGCCAGGGAUUGCGGAAGGCGGUUGAGUUCGAUAUCCAGCUCGAGUCGGAGGAGUGCCUCAAGUAUUUGCCGCCCGACGCGAGCGUCAACGGGAACGUGUUCUACAAUUACGGGGCGAAACCGUUGGACCUGGGCCAGGAUCGCAAGGAGCUGGAGGCGGAGCUCAAGCGGAUGGCGCCUCUCAACGGCCGCACCGUCCUCAUCUUCCGAGCGCCCUGCGGAUGCCCCGCGGGGAGAUUGGAAGUUUGGGGGAAUAAGAAAAUUCGUAAGAUUAAGAAAUGAAUCAAUAGUAGGUGCUAGUUUGUAUGUUGUUAUUACCUGUUUACAUGAUGAUGAAUAAAUGAUGGUAUAAGACAUAUCAAACAUCUUUUGCUUCCAUACAAGACUCUCAUGUCUUUCAAGAUGAACUCAGAUGAUUCUAUACAAUAACUGAUAUGUAUCAUGCUAUACCAAUAUAUAGUAUCUAGUUAUUUUAGUGUUUUUCCUCCA